AGGUAGCCGCAUUGUUGCGCUUCUCAGCUACGUAUACCGUAUCUAUCUAUCUACUUUUCUUUCCUUUCUUCUUCGUAAAUAUCUUACAUAUAUAUAUUGCCACACCAUUGUUGCUUAUUGCAUCCCUUCCCCUUUUCCUUCUUCUUCCCCCCUCGUUCUUUGCGUCUCAGCAAAGGUGGCGUGAAACCGUCCUUUCCACGUGGUCUGCCAACUGCGGGAAGAAUUCAUUGAAGAUAAGGGAUUGUAGAGGGUGUUCUCCUUUUGCAUUCUUUUUUUUUUCUCUCUUCCUGCGAACGCAGUGCAAGUUGAACGGAACAGCGCAGGGAAGUCUCGCUGCGUGCGACGCAUUGUGGGCGGUGUCAAGGGUGCGUUGGUGCGCCUUUCCCCGUCUUUCUUCGCAUCCUUUGCUUUUUCCCUUCUCUCCUUCUGCUUACGUGAAUUCAAACUUCUUCGGUCAUCUUUUCUUCUGUUCUCUCUCUCUCUCGUGUCCAAUUUUUUCUUUUGAAUAUUUCUCUUCUGUCUUUUUCUUUUCUUGUUCUACCCUCUUUCAUUGGCGUCUGCCUCGUGGAAGCCGCUCACACCUCUCCGCAAACCAAGCCAAACAGACGAAAGGGAGGGCAGGGCAGGUGCCGUCUACAUCCCUCGCCAACGUACACCCCAAUCAAUAAGAGUACCUUCAUAACCAAGUAGGGCAUCGCCCAAUCGAACUGCUGACGGUCCCAAGCGGCACAUAUUUAUAUACAUAUUUGCUGCUCCUUUUUUUCUCUUCGUCCCCCACACCGUGGUCACGGCUGCAUCGACAAUGCCGCUCGGUCACCGCGACGUACCCUUUCUUUCUCACUUUCCCGACCUGCAGCUCCUGCGGCAGGAUGGAAGCACCGUGCCUGCCUCGAAGGCCUUCGAGGGCAAGAAGUACGUGUUAAUCUACUUCUCCGCGCACUGGUGCCCGCCGUGCCAGCGCUUCACUCCGCUGCUCGCCGACUUCUACGACGAGCACAAGGACAAGUACGGCUUUGAGGUGCUCUUCGUCUCCUCGGACAGAGAGGAGGGGCGGAUGAUGGACUUUUUCCAGAAUCGCAGCAGCAACUACGUGCGACGGCCACCACCGCUCGACAGCAACGGGGACACCAACACGAGCAGCAACGGCCCGGCUGCCGUAUCAGCCACCGCUGCGUUGCCGGAGCCGUUACCGGGGGAUAAUUGUACGCUCAUGGGUUGCGACAUCGCGUCGUGCAGCAAGAAAACAACGCCUUCGUGCUCGCCGUUGGUGAACGCGACGGCGGAGCUCAACGACUUCCCGUUGGACAAUUUGAAAUUACGCACAGCCACCGGGGUCACGCGCACUCCCAAGGCAAACGGCCACGGAAACUGGUUGGCGCUCCCGUUCAAAGAAACCGACGUGGCUCGCUCCCUCGCUCGCGCCUACUCCGUGGUGUCCAUCCCAAAGCUGGUGGUCGUCGCUGUGGACACGAGCUGCACGGUGACCCGAGAGGGCAAGGCUAUGGUGCUCAAAGACCCCGAGGCGAAGAACUUUCCAUGGCGGUUUGCGGAAGGCUCCAUGGGGAGAAGGCCAGAUGGCAAGCGGGAGUGCAUUCUGCUGGUUUUUCUGCUCAUUGUUGGGGUCUAUUAUUAUAUAUGGGGGUUCUAA